AUGGAGAUUGAGGAUUGGGAAACCACAGAUGUAGUCAUUUGUGGCUGUGGCCCAACCGGGGCCAUGCUCUCGGCUUAUUUGGGCCAGAUGUCGGUUCCUAAUGUGGUGCUGGAGCGAGAAGCUGAUAUCACCACAGAUCCUCGUGGAAUCGCCCUGGAUGAGGACGGCAUUCGCUUUCUCCAGGGGGUCGGUAUAUAUGAUUCGAUCUUUAGUGAGAUCGGCAGUUGUAUGGGUAGGUUCAACUUUAUCGGCGGAACAGAGCCAGUCUUGAAGAAAAGCCCGUUUCUCGCUUUGAAUUAUAGCACGACGGCUGGGGGAACAGGCCAUAUAGGUUUUAUCUCUCACAAACAACCUAUACUCGAAAAGAACUUACGAAAGGCCAUGUCAGAAAGCGCAUAUUGCGUUCUGAGGUCAGAAUCAACAGUGUAUGAGUUGUGUGAAGAUAAGGAUUGGACCUACUGCAAGUAUCGAGAUGCGCAAGGGACUGAACGGAGGAUUCGCGCGCGAUUUUUUGUCGGCGCGGAUGGCAAGACAGGCUUCACACGGAAACAGUACCUGGAGCUAAAAGGUGUACAUAUGGAGAAGGUUACUGAGGAAUUUUACGAGGAGACUUGGGUAGCGUUAAACUGGCAAAUCACGUUGCCCACACCUGAGUCACACCCAGAGUUUCCCUUGUGGACGUUGGGAUAUACUCCAGAACAAGUGUAUGACCUUUUCUUUCCGUAUGAGUUCCGUUUUCUUUGCAAUCCUAAUCGCCCCGCCGUAUGCGGACGAUUCGGCCUUCAAAGAGACCGACUCUGGAGAUUCGAAUUUGUCGUUCGCCCAGGAGAGGACGGAUACGAGAUGGCGAAACCUGAAUCGAUAAGAAAGAUUGUCUUUCCUUAUGUGACACAUCGGGGAUGUCAAUAUAAUCUCCCACAUGAUGUACAAUUCCCUGAAGACUGUAUACAUGUUAUCCGAUCCCGCCCGUUUACCUUUUCCGCACGCAGCUGCAAUGCCUGGGCGAAGGACCGUGUUAUCCUUUGUGGUGAUGCUGCGCAUGUGUUCCCUCCUUUUGGAGGACAAGGGAUUGCGUCUGGAUUUCGCGAUGCUGCUUCUCUAGCAUGGCGACUAGCUCUGCUAUGUCACCAUCAUCCAACUACCCCCAGAUUCCACGAACAAGUCCUGGCUGCAUGGUACCAGGAGCGAAAGCAACAACUGGAGAAGUCUCUGGCUACGACAAUCGAGAACGGGAAAUUUGUGUGUGAAGCCAACUCCAGCAAAAUUUUCAUACGGGACUGGUAUCUUUGGCUAGCUCAGUUAUUUCCUAGCUGGAAACGCCAUCUCCAACUGGGGCGACGGAAGGACGGGAUGAUCCGAUAUGUACACUCUGACGGGAUGCCUUUUAUGCCGGAUCUCAACGGUGGCUUGAACCUGCCUCAAGUCUUCUGCAAGGAUAUGACGGGAAAUGUGCUUUUCACCGACGAUGUCAUCUUCCACUCUAAGCAGAAGAGUAUCUUCCGGCUAUUCGUUUAUCUACGUAAUGAUGAGGAGCUAGCGCACACUCGGGCAGUUCUGAGGGAAGUAGAGGAGCUUUCACAAAGCGAAUUCGCUGCCGACCAAGUUCCCUUUGUCAUUGAGGAUAUCACAAAGCGCGGAGCUGGCGAUGACAAAAUUGUGUUUCAGAUCGCCAGCGCUGAAGAGUUUGCCCGGUCACCGCUCUGUAAGGGCCGCCCCGAGCCUACCUAUUAUGAACCAUUCCUCAUUCGCACGGAGGUGCGCGCAAAGUACAUCAUCGUGCGUCCCGAUCGCGUUGUGUUUGCAGCAUGUGAGGAUGAGCAGAGUUUGAAGACAGCUAUUGGUUGUAUGAAGGACAUCUUGCGUUGCUAG